CGCCUCAAAUCCUCCCUCUGGUACAGCAUCGGCAACAUCAUUGACGCAAUCUCUCUGGACCAAGAUUUGAACGCUACACCACAGUUUAUCGGUGCUCUUACGGAGUUGGUCUGGAGUCAGAUACUCACCAGUGGUGCUGAUUUGGAGGGGUUUGCUAGACAUGCAAGCAGAGAUACAGUGGAUGUUAAAGAUGUGCUGCUGCUUGUGCGCAGGAAUGAGCAGUUGAAGGAAGUGCUGGAAGAGGCAUUGAAGGAGAUUAAGCAAUGA